AUGAAGCAAUGUCAAGUAGGGGAAUAUGAAUAUAAUGGCAAAUGUGUUUCUAGCUGCCCAUCUGGGACAUCUCCAAUGGGACCAAGUUGUAUUGAAUGUCCUAAAAAUUGCAAAUCUUGUGGAAAACCUGGAUGCAUACAAUGCAAUUCAGGUUAUUAUUUAAAUACUGAAAGACAGUGUUCACAAUGCCCUACGAAUUGUAUUUCUUGCUCAUCCGGUUCUUCUUGCUCCGAAUGCUCAAACAAUUAUAAAUUAUAUAACAAUCAAUGCUACAAUUCUUGUCCUCCAGGAACAUUUCAAUCAGGUAGAAAUUGCAUUGAUUGCAGUUUUUCUAAUUGUGAAUCAUGCUCAUCAUCUAAUAAUUGCUUAUCUUGCAAAUCUGGAUAUUAUUUAUACAAUGGAACAUGUGUAGACAUAUGUCCCACAGGGACUUAUGUAUCAGUUGAUCGUUGUGAAUUUUGCCAGAAUGAAUGUAAUUCAUGUACUUCAUUCAGCAUUUGUAAUGAAUGCAAAAGUGAAUACUCAUUCUAUAACGGAAGAUGCUAUACUUUUUGUCCACCAGGAACUUAUAAAGCAGGAUCAAAAUGUCUUAAUUGCAACUCAAAUUGUCAAGUAUGUUAUGACGCUCGUUCAUGCACCCGUUGCCAAACUAAUUAUAAGGUAUACUAUGGAGUAUGUUACAGAUCAUGCCCUCCUGGAUCAUUUCAAUACUCAGAAUUUAAAUGCCAAAGUGGCAGUCGUAAUUGCAACUUAUGCCAGAAUUCCAAUGUUUGCACACAAUGCAAAUUGCAAUACAAGCUAUUUAAAGAUAAAUGCUAUGAUGCUUGCCCAGAUGGAACUUAUGAAAAUAUCACCAAUUGUGAAGUAUGUGAAGAUCAAAAUUGCCAAAGAUGUACAAUCAACGGAUGUUCUCAAUGUAGAGCUGGUUAUUAUAAAUUAAACAAUAGCUGUUUUAAUAACUGCCCAUCAUGGAUGAUUCCAAAUGAUGAAACACGCGAAUGCAAGAACUGUCCAAUUAAUUGUAAAACUUGUGAUAAUGCUUUUCCAUAUAAAUGUGUUAGUUGUGGAGAUAAAUAUAUACUAUCUCGCGGCUAUUGUAUUGCAAGACCGUCUCAUAGACAUGGGAAGCAUUUUAAUGGUAUUUCAUCAUCCAAAUUGUUAAAAGUGUUUGUUACAUAA